ACCAGCACCGCGCUAGUCGCCUCUCGUGAGCCUCGAAGCUUGGAGCGAAGCGCAGCGCUCGCGCGAUUUCGGAGUCAAGUGUACAUUACAUGAUAAACCACUGACGCGCCGAACCUCUAUAGACUUUGUCCAAAGAGAAAGCGUUGAAAUCAUCACGAUCGUAUCGACUUGUCUCAGUUAUCCGGUCUAAUCGGACUCGAUAUAGCGUCGUCGACUUUUGUCGCAGUUUUUAUAUGGAUACGCUGACUCCGGACACUGCGUCAUCUUUACCGCCUGCAUUGCAGCGCAUACACAUACUACAACAGAGAGCCGCAGCCGCCCAAGUCGUCGUCGUCGUCGUCGCCGCCACCGCCGCCGCGCACCGCGUGAGUCGACACUCUCUCGACACUUUGCCAGACGGCAGCAGCAGCAGCAGCAGUAGAAGUGCAGAAAUCAGUGCGGAGAUUAAAGUGUAUAGCGCUCGAUAAAAUGCUAAAUAAUAUGAAUUAAGCCGGUGACAGUGACGCACGAUCUGCAGUUUACAAAUAUACGGCCACGUCUCGGCAUCGAUCGCCGCGACUCUUCAGUUCGAUACCUGUCUAUAUGCAAAAGCCAUAGAUGCACAUAGCACCUAGAAAGUUAGCCGGUGUGAAUUGACAACUAACGAUCGACUCGCAAGUGUUUUUUACUUUGUUUCGUUCUUUGCAACUGCGGUUGAGUAGCAGCAGUUCGAGACGCGCCUCGCCGGCAAAGUCUUCGGUCGUGCAGCAUCAGCAUCAGCGUCAGCAGUAGCAGUUCCUUGUACAUUCACGUCUCCGGAUACAAGAAGCAGUUCUUGUUCCCGGCUCGAGAUACUUGCCCACUGACACCAACGUCAGAAGUCGCAGCGCCGAGAAUGCCAACGGGAGCAAGGACGCGGGCCGAGCUGGAAAAUUAGCGCGCGUUCGUCAACGGAGGAGGCACCAUCCCGAGAGCCGGAAGGAAUGUUAGGAUGCAAGAGGGCAGCACCGCGGUAGCGCUAUUAGCUAUGGUGACUCCUGGCUACGAUCAGGAUCCCGCCAGCGGAGUGGCCGACUACGCGAUCCACCAGCAGGACCAGGCGCAGUUCGAGGCCGACAAGCGGGCCGUUUACAAGCAUCCGCUCUUCCCGCUGCUCGGCUACAUGUUCGAGAAAUGCGAGCUCGCCACGCUGAGCUACGACUCGUCGCCCGAGGACGUCAACGGCGAGCUCCAGCAGUUCCUCCAGCAGCAGGCGAGCGUGCGCCAGGCCUGCUUCGUGCAUGACCCCGAGAUCGAUGGCCUGAUGAUCGAGGCCAUCCUGGUGCUGAGGAUCCACCUGCUCGAGCUGGAAAAGGUCCAGGAGCUCUGCAAGGACUUCUGCAAUCGCUACAUAUCCUGCUUAAAGUCCAAGAUGCAGAGCGAGAAUCUGCUGCGCAGCGAUUACGGACACGGUGGCGGCGGCCACGACGGCCUGGCCCCGUCGAGCGGCAGCAACGGCAGCAGUCCCCUACAGGUGCUGUCAUCUACAGGCAAUGAUGUUGAGCCGGGAGCUAACGGAUUCCGAGUGAGCAGCAACAGCAGUGGAGGUGGUGGCGGCGGCGGGGUUGGUAACAGUAACGGUGCGACUGGCAUCAACGAUCAUCACAGCGAGUCGAGUCAGUCGUUGCGUUACGCCGAUGAUUACACCGAGCAGAGGUUGUCGAGAUCGUCCUCGGUGUCGGACAGCCAUCAGCAGCAUCAGCAGCAGCAGCAGCAGCAUCAGGCGCAUCGUCGCUCGUCGCUCACGUUGGCCGACGACAGAAGUCAAACGCAGGAGCUUCAAGCGUCGUCGUCACCGAGGACCGUCCACGGCGGCACGCCUCUCUCGCACAUCGGCACUCAUCACUCCGGCCAGUCGGCCAACGACUCGUAUCAAGCAGGAGGUGCCUCGCCGACGUCGUUUCAGAGCGAAGACGAUGAAGACUCUUGCGGCUACGGCGGCCUGGUGGCCUCGACUGCCACCUCGACUGCCGCGAGUUCCGGCAAAAAGGGCAAACCCAAGCGCAGCGUCUUACCGAAACACGCCACCAACAUUAUGCGCGCCUGGCUAUUCGGACAUCUCAUUCAUCCCUAUCCGACGGAGGACGAAAAGCGCCAAAUAGCCAACGAAACGAAUCUGACGCUUCUUCAAGUGAACAAUUGGUUUAUCAACGCUCGGCGGCGAAUACUGCAGCCCAUGAUCGAAGGCGCGGGUGCCCAGGGCCUCUCUGCCGAAGCGUUGACUCAGCAGCAGCAGCAAAGAGCCAGCAUGUCAACGUCGAAGCAACGCACCAAUUCGAACAAGUCGCGCUCGCACUUCGACGGCCAAUCCGAGGACUCCGACAGCGGCUCCGAUCAUGGCUCGAGCGACGGUGAAGCCGAUUACCCUGAUAUCGACAGAAAUGGGGUGCGUUUGCGGACGGAUGACGAUGAGAACGACACCGAAGACGCUGCUUCCAAGGCCAACAAGUCCUACGUUCACUGACCAAUUCCAGGAGCUUCUCUGCUCUCAAACUACUUAUGCUGUCUUCAUCUUGAAUCUCGCUGUGUUGUUUCUCGGAAAAUGCUCCAAAAAAAUCGAUUGUUUCACGUCUACAACAGUUGUAAAUGCCAACUGAAUAGUUUACUCAGAUUGUUGCGUUCGCUGUCCGUCCGUACUUCAAUAAUUUCCUAAGACAUAAGUCAUAUAAAUCUUUCUUCCGUCGUCGACGCUAUCUAAUACGCGAAUUAAAUCUUCGAUUUCUACUAAAAAAAAACAUUGGCUCACUUCUAGUUAUGCUUUCGAACAAAUAAGUUUAAUGAAAAUUUGAGACAGUUAUCUGUGAUGAACAUAAUUUCUCAUUGCAUUGACGUACUGCCAAUUGUAUCGUAUAUCUUGAUAAACGAUCUUCCAAUGAUUUUUUUCAAAUGGCAAUAAAACCAAAAAGUGUGCUGAUGUGCAAUUGCACAAGUUAAAAUUUCGACCAAGUUACUUGAUUCACUUUUAUACGUUAUAAUAUACUCGAAUGUAUACGAAAAAUAAGAAAAUACCAACUUACCAUCUAAAAACGCGCGUGCCCGUAAGGUUAUUCAAAGCUUGUACAUUUUUUUGCAUAAAAAUGCGCCUAUUACACUCUCUUAUUGAGUAAGUCCUAGUAAUGCAUGUCAGUAGGGAAUUAUAACUGGCUUUCCUUGCCGUCUUGAAAUAUGUAAAAGUAAAUGUUGUACAGUAGUCACUUCCACAUUUAGUAAAAUCAUGAACGUUAAGUUUACGAUUUCUACCCACAUUCAUUUGAGAGUAUCUGAUAGCGUGAAAGACGAUUUUAUGCGCAUGCCGUAAGUGUGUAAUUUUCACUCAAGUGAUCGCAAUAUUUGAUGAGUCAUACAGCUUGUAAUCUCUUCAAUAACAUAACUUUAAUUUUGAAUGUUAUAAAACUCGAAAAACUCGUUCUUGUGCAAGUUCCUAUAUAAUAUACAACUUUUAAAUAAGUCGGUUGUUUUACUAUUAUAAAACUUAAGGGAAAAAUGAUUUUCUUACGAGCAAUCACAUAUGAAAAUUGGUAGUACAUACGUAGCAUGUCGUGUAAGGUCGAAUGGUUUUACGCAUUUGAACUCGUUGCUGUUUUUAGUAAAAACAUGGAUCUCAUUUAUUUGUUUCUAUAAUUUGUAAUUAUUAAACUAAGCUUAUUAACGUGAUAACUUUUACCCGUUGUUAGAAGAGUUCAUACUUAAUAUUGACGAAAAAAAAUAUAUUUGUGCCAUGUGAUUGUGAUGAGUGUGGUUACUCCAAACUUGCACAAUAUAUCCCUCCAAAGUUUAAAAAUGAAAUGAUUUAAAGCAUCAAAAAAGUGAUAUUGAAAGUCUGUGCUUUAUAAUCGUGCGCAGUAUCGACAUAAAACAACUAUUUGAUCAAUACAAAAGCUAAAAAUUUAUUGUUGUUUUGAUGAACAAAAAGAUGUUCUACAAACUAUUGUGUUGAUUGUGAUGCAAAAUGAUCCUAAAAUGCAAGGUGACUCAAGUUUAUACCAGUUUUUUUAGAUUCUUGCAGUUAAAUUAUAAAUAAUUUUGAUUUCUUUAGAGCAUCAUUGAACACAUUGAAAAAUGAAUUUUUAUUACGAGUCUGAAUGAACUGUAAAUGGUGCACUGAUAAUUUUUAAACGCUCAGAAAAUUAUAAAUAUAUAAAUAAAUAUAUAUAUUAUACAAAUAUAAAUAUUAUAAAUAGCAAUGAUUAUAUUUUUGAACUCUAAGUGUCGUUUUUUGUGCAUGCAUUUAAAAAAGAUAAUGAACUACGUCAGAACACAUAAAUAAAAGCAUUUAGCUGUUUCAUGCAAUGUACAUAAAUUUAUAUAGUAAUAAUUGUAUGGUGUAUUUUUUAGCCUGCCGAGUAUACGUAAAAAUAAUACGAGAUGGUUUGAGCUUUCCAUUUGGGAAGUUAAAUGAUUGAAUAAAAAUUGCACUCGCACGGAAAUGAAUUUUAGAUGGAUAAACAGUAAUUAGACUGAAAGUAAAAGUUUUAAUUGUGCCGAUGUCCAUAAUACAUUUUGCUUGCUUGAAAAAAAGGAUUGAGUGUAAAGAUGAAAAUACGUAAUUUCAAGCUAUUGAUUAUAUCGUCAGGAAUGAAAACGGCUCUGUUCCUCAUCUACGUAAAAAGUUUAAUCAAGAAUAACUAAUAAAGUAAAGUCCAUUUUGUACAUAAAAUUAACUUGUGAACGCAAGUCUACACAGUUAACUAUAAUCAUAUUUCUUCGUUCAAUGUGUUCAGUGAGAAAUAUUUAAAAAAAUAAAACCGAAACUGAUGAAGUACCGAAGUGAAAGAUGUAUUCUAAACCGGUCAAAUAGCAAUAAUUAAGAAAUCGCAAUUAAGCAUUUUUAUAUUUAAAUACGAGAAUGAGUUAUAUUAUAUGAGCAAAAUGAAGAGGCUUCACACAUGUCUUUUGAUUCAAAUUUGAGAGAAUAUAUAGACUUUUACUUGAGGUUCAGAUGUUUUUAAAGUUUUAAAAGAAGCUAGGUAGGUUUUAAGGCUAUCGAUUAAGAAAAAAUAAAAAAGGAAAAUGAAAAAAAGUGAAAACCACGUAUACGUACUGUGCUGCGGCACCCAAACGACUGUGAUAAGCUCGGUGGGCGGUGCCCAGCCUCCUACUUCUAUGUAAGAAUUAUCGUCGCACAAUUUUUGGAGACAAAAAGAAACAUUUUAACCAACGGAGUACUACCAUGUAUACGAUUGAGAGUGAGAGAGAAGUAAGGACGACGGAAAGUUACACGAGAGGGCAAAAUUAACCCUAGCCAGUUCGUGACUCGAGCGCUGAGUCCCAAGCACAGUGUAUGUUUCUCGGGAUCUGCGCACCCAUCACAAAAAACGAGUAUUUUUUACUCAAAGACUUUUUACGCGAGUUACUGACAUUUUCAAAUAAUGAAAAAAAAAUCAUGUGAUAAGCAAGAAGCUGUUCUGAUCAAUAUUUAAAACCGUGUCAUAUUAAGUUUUCAAAUAAGGAACAAAUACUAAACAAUCUUGCUUACAGGAAUGCCUGUAAAAAAAUGUGUCAAAAUAAUUAGCAAUACAAUUUGAAAAAGCAUCUUGUCUCGUGUCAGAAAGCGUGUGUACAGAAUAACUCUUGUUAAAGCAAGGAUUUAAGUAUGUAUAUUGUUUUCUUUAAAAAGAAUACCUGCCUCUGAAUUCUUCUAUUUAUAUUUUAAUAAAAAACGCAAUCUAAGAUUAAAUCCAGUCUACCGAUUAUGAAAAUGGACUAAAAAUUGUAUUCCCUUACCACAUUAACUAAUAAAUAUAAAAAAUUUAUUGCAAAGUAAUUAGAGAUUUGCUUUAGUCUUCCAGUCACUCUUUUUCUAUUGUAAAAAAAAAUUGAAACAAAAAGUUGAAAAAAGUCGGUUUCUUACAACGAGAGUUUCGAUGAAAUAAAACUUCAAAGACUAUUUUCAUAAUCAUGAAUAAAAAUUCUUCAAAUCCUAAGCUUGUGACUAUAUUAUACAUAUGUAUAGACUUUUCAUCGCAUCUUAUUAUGAAAUAAAGAAUAAAUUCCCCGUGUAUAAAUCUACUCCAUUGUCUAUUAAGUUUAUGAAUAAUAAAUGCCAUAAUGCUUGCCAAGCCCA